GUUGUCACCGUCACUGAUCCAUCAACGCCCUUCUUCAACGCCGCGUAGCGCAAAACGAAGUCACCAUGUCAGACGUCAAUGAACUUUUGAUUCAACCCCUACAAAAGUUCUCCAAGGACUCGAUGCACCUCAUCAAAAAGUGCACAAAACCCGACCGAAAAGAGUUCAUGCAAGUGGCCAAGGCCACCACAGUCGGGUUCCUGGUCAUGGGUUUCAUUGGAUUCUUCGUCAAGCUCGUCCACAUCCCAAUCAACAACAUUUUGAUGGCAGGAUGACUUGACUAGGACUCGUUUGGGAACCGCUCGGCGGAAUGGGGAAUACGAUGCAGCUUCGAGUCUGGGUGCGUGGUGAAAAACGCAGUGAUCGCCGAAUAUCAUGAUGGACGCCGGUUGCCUCGUGAACCGACUUAAGAGUCAGCCAAGCGAAUAGUCUCGUCACGUCAAAGUACUUGGCUUCAAAGUACGGGUGAUGUCCGAAGGGAUCGGUAGGAUCGGAUAGAUGCUCCUCGGAAGAUGGGCACCGCGGGGCGCGCAAGACAUUUCGAACGACGGAGAUACGUCCGAUAACGGUGUGGUGUACCGUUGCGUUGCUGUAGGUAUGAUGUUUGGAUGUUUUGUUGUGAACGGCUGGUGCACGAUAACGGUGUUGUUUAACACGGGAGAAUGCUCAUCUGAUUUUAUGUGUCUGGACGUAGUGUCCCAACACCAUGAAGGGUCACGCCGUUUUUCCACUCGGUACUUGGGCUCCCGUCAAGCAUGUCGCCUGGUCGUGUUUCACCCUCAAUGCUGACACCGUUGUCUGAAACAGAAUCGGUGUCGAGUUCAAAGUGCCUCUGUCCAGUGCAAACACCCAACAAGGGUGCGUGAGGAUGAAAGCAUACGCUCCCCACAGCGUCAGUCUGAUUUUCGAGCGAACCGACAAGAGAUUGGCUUUCAGUGUCGUAGACAAGGGCCCGUCGCUCUGUAGAACCAGUUGCCAAGUACCGCCCGCUUGGAUCGACGUCAAACCCAAUUCGCUGGUUCGUGUCCACUUGACGUGGGAGGGUGUAGAUUGCCUGCGAGUGGGAUGCACAGCAUGGACGACAUGGCGAGGGAGCGUUGGAUGUCACGGCAUUUUUUCAACACAAAAGCGAGUUAAACCGAGGUACGCUACAUGCAUUGGAUGGUCCAGUCAAAUCAUGCCUCCCCUUGUGAUCAAUCCACCGUCAAGGGCAUAUACUCCUUUAUCUUUGCUGGAGUUCGUAGCUAAAAGCCCUCAGUGUUUUGCGGCACGAACACACCAUGGUUGGAUCAACUCCGAACGUGAACGAGCGGGAGCAGAAAGAAGAGGCAACACGGAACGAUGGAGGCGCCCAAUCAAGGCCUCCCCCCGUGUUUUUCAACCCUGGCCGGAGGCCUACCACGUUUUCUACCCGCUUCGUAUCCGGACUGAGAGGAAAGCUCACAACAAGAUGUGAUUUGUCUGGUGGGCGGUCCAUCUCCAGGGUCUCUCGCGACAAAUCGAUUAGGAGAUGAGGGGACUUUCGCAGACGCUUCCAGAAAAAGUCACGGGCCUUUGAUGCGCACACAUAGCCUUGCGGAAUGUCUCAGAUGGGAAUGCUGUUGUGGCGUCCAAGGUUACUCACCUGUUUCGUUUGCCGAAGGUCCCAGCACACGAUGGCAGUGUCCUUACGUGAGCCAGAGAAGAGAUACCGGCCGUUGGGUGCAAACUUGAGGUGUGUAACGCCGCCCAUUGUUGGCGUCGCCAACUCUGCUACAGCGCGUGCACGACUGGAAAAAGCGGACGUAACGAAGGGAGCUUGGUUUUGAGUAUGCCGCAGUACCUGUCACUGGGGGCUACAAUAUGCGUACGAGCAGCUCAAAUCGUACCAUCACACAAAUCAUCUUGCCAUAUUCAUUCAUUGACAGCACGCGCAGGCAGGCAGGCUAUUGGGCGGCGAUACCAUACUGCGCAUACCCAUCACGUCGCCCUGAUAUAUCGCAUCACCUCCAGCAAGAUGAAACCACUGGCAACAGCUCUCGAAAACGAUACGGUAACGCCAAACUUAUGCCU